CGGCCGAGGAGGCUGAACACGCAGCCGGGAGCCCGCAGCCCGCGUCUCCAGCCCGCCGCCGCCCUCCGAGGGCGCUCCAGGCCGCGCCAUGGUUAAGGUGACGUUCAACUCGGCUCUGGCCCAGAAGGAGGCCAAGAAGGACGAGUCCAAGAACGGCGAGGAGGCGCUCAUCAUCCCCCCCGACGCCGUCGCGGUGGACUGCAAGGACCCAGAUGAAGUGGUGCCAGUUGGCCAGAGAAGAGCCUGGUGCUGGUGCAUGUGCUUUGGCCUGGCAUUCAUGCUUGCGGGUGUCAUUCUGGGAGGAGCGUAUCUGUACAAAUACUUUGCUCUUCAACCAGAUGACGUAUACUACUGUGGAAUAAAGUACAUCAAAGAUGAUGUCGUCUUAAAUGAGGCUUCUGCCGAUGCCCCAGCUGCUCGCUACCAAACAAUUGAGGAAAAUAUUAAGAUCUUUGAAGAAGACGAGGUUGAAUUUAUCAGCGUGCCUGUCCCAGAGUUUGCAGAUAGUGAUCCUGCCAACAUUGUUCAUGACUUCAACAAGAAACUUACAGCCUAUUUAGAUCUUAACCUGGAUAAGUGCUAUGUGAUUCCUCUGAACACUUCAAUUGUUAUGCCACCCAGAAACCUGUUGGAAUUACUCAUUAACAUCAAGGCUGGAACCUAUUUGCCUCAGUCCUAUCUGAUUCAUGAGCACAUGGUUAUCACUGAUCGCAUUGAAAACGUUGAUCACCUGGGUUUCUUUAUUUACCGACUGUGCCAUGACAAGGAAACUUACAAACUGCAGCGCAGAGAAACUAUUAGAGGUAUUCAGAAACGUGAAGCCAGCAACUGUGCUACAAUUCGGCAUUUUGAAAACAAAUUUGCUGUGGAAACUUUAAUUUGUUCCUGAACAGUCAAGAAAAACAGUAUGGAGAGAUUUAAUACAGCAGCAUAACCCCACCCUUUGUAUUUUGUGCAGUGAUUAUUUUUUAAAAUCUUCUGUCAUGUAAGUAGCAAACAGGGCUUACCAUCUUUUCAUCUCAUUAAUUCAAUUAAAACCAUUACCUUUUAAAAAUCUUUUCUUCUUUCCAAGUGUGGUGUCUUUUAUAUUUGAAUUAGUAAUUGGAUGAAGUCAUAGAACAGUAGUACAUUUCACCGCAGAUUUUAGGUAUUGAGAAGAAUUAAACUUUCUUUUAAAUCAUUUAUGCAGAUUUUUUAAUUAUGCAUCCUGGAGAGAGGAGGGGUUUCCUAAAGUAUAAUCAUACAUAUAUGCAUACCUAAAAGUGGACCACAGUGACUUAUCUGUAGUUGUUAGUUGCUCUGCUACCUAGCUUGUUAGAGCCUUUGAACACACGUUUUAAUUUUCCUCUAAUUAAAAUGUGCAGUAUUUUCAGUGUCAUUUUUAACUCUUCAGAUCAUGAUUUCCAACUUGAUGUUUUAAUAUCCCAGGCACCUGCUGUAAUAAUAUUUUAGAAAAUGUUUGGAAUUUAAGAAAUAUCUUGUGUUACUAAUUUGUAUAACCCAUAUCUGUGCAGUGGAAUAUAAAUAUCACAAAAUUGUUUGACUAAA